CCGAAGAAGGUAUAUAAACGCUGGGUUUCCCUCUCAACUACACCCUGCUACCUGCUACUGCUGCAAGUGGAACUCAUCUGAUCAUCACAACAAGAUGGCAUCAGCUCUUCAUUUCAUUGCGGUCAUCUGUUUGACCAGUGGGCUGUGUAUUGGAGCCAAUGCAUCAAGUGAAACAGAAUCAGAUCAUUGCUAUAAAACCUGCCCUGACGGUUGGACUGUGUUUGGCCAACAAUGUUACAUGUUCCACAACAGUGAACAGCAGUGGGCUGAUGCAGAGCGUUUGUGCACUUCUCUCGGUGGGAAUCUGGCUUCCCUUCAAACCGCAGACGAGUACAAGUUCAUCAGAAAGAUGAUUCAUAAAGUGACUGGUGUAGAUAAAGACGCUUGGGUUGGAGGCUACGAUGCAGCAAAGGAGGGUGUGUGGCUGUGGAGUGAUGGUUCAAAGUAUGACUUCAAAGGCUGGGCUGCAGGGGAACCCAACAACGCUGGUGGAAGAGAGAACUGUAUGGAGAUUAACUUUUAUUGUUGGCCUUUCCCUUCAUUGUUGGAUGUUUACUUUUCUUACUCUCUGUUUUUCAAAAGAGAUUAUGUCAACGAUGCCAACUGUGAUAUCAACAAACCUUUUGUUUGUGGGGUGCACCUGUAA